UCGCCUCGCGCUCCUCGGGCGCCCUCGCUCUCGCGCUCUCUGAGGCGAGCGCGCUCCCGGCCCGCGCGCUCCGGGCUCCGGCUUUCUCCCGGCUCCUGUCAGUGCGGUGACUGCGCUGGGAAACAUGGCGACCGAGGGAAUGAUCCUCACUAACCACGACCAUCAAAUUCGCGUCGGAGUCCUCACAGUGAGUGAUAGCUGCUUCAGGAAUCUUGCAGAAGACCGCAGUGGGAUAAAUCUCAAAGAUCUUGUACAAGAUCCUUCCUUGUUGGGUGGGACUAUAUCAGCAUACAAGAUAGUACCAGAUGAAAUAGAAGAAAUCAAGGAAACUCUAAUAGAUUGGUGUGAUGAAAAGGAACUUAACUUGAUAUUAACAACUGGAGGAACAGGAUUUGCACCACGAGAUGUCACUCCAGAGGCCACAAAAGAAGUGAUAGAACGGGAAGCACCAGGGAUGGCCCUGGCAAUGCUGAUGGGAUCACUUAAUGUUACACCUCUGGGCAUGCUCUCUAGGCCUGUUUGUGGAAUCAGAGGAAAAACUCUCAUAAUUAACCUACCAGGUAGCAAGAAAGGAUCUCAGGAAUGCUUUCAGUUUAUACUGCCAGCUCUACCUCACGCCAUUGACCUUUUACGUGAUGCCAUUGUAAAAGUAAAGGAGGUGCAUGAUGAACUUGAAGAUUUACCUUCCCCGCCACCUCCUCUUUCCCCUCCUCCCACAACCAGUCCCCAUAAGCAGACAGAAGACAAAGGGGUACAGUGUGAGGAAGAAGAAGAAGAAAAGAAAGACAGUGGUGUUGCUUCAACAGAAGAUAGUUCUUCAUCACAUAUAACUGCAGCAGCCAUUGCUGCCAAGAAGCAUCCAUUCUGCACCAGUCCUGCUGUUAUAAUGGCACAUGGUGGGCAGCUCAUUCCUGGUCUCAUCAAUUAUUCCCAUCAUGCAACAGGCAGUACAGAUGAACCGAUUCCAGACUCCAUUAUUUCUCGUGGUGUUCAGGUGCUCCCACGAGAUACAGCCUCCCUCAGCACUACUCCUUCAGAAUCGCCUCGUGCUCAGGCUACAUCUCGCCUCUCUACAGCUUCCUGCCCAACACCAAAAGUCCAGUCCAGGUGCAGCAGCAAGGAGAAUAUCCUCAGAGCCAGCCACAGUGCUGUGGAUAUCACCAAGGUAGCUAGAAGACACCGGAUGUCUCCUUUUCCUCUGACAUCUAUGGACAAAGCCUUUAUUACAGUCCUGGAGAUGACGCCGGUGCUUGGGACAGAAAUCAUCAAUUACCGAGAUGGAAUGGGUCGAGUCCUUGCUCAAGAUGUAUAUGCAAAAGACAACCUACCCCCAUUUCCAGCAUCAGUAAAAGAUGGCUAUGCUGUCCGAGCUGCUGAUGGCCCAGGAGAUCGUUUCAUCAUUGGGGAAUCCCAAGCUGGUGAACAGCCAACUCAGACAGUAAUGCCAGGACAAGUCAUGCGUGUUACAACAGGUGCUCCAAUCCCCUGCGGUGCUGAUGCAGUAGUGCAAGUGGAAGAUACUGAACUUAUCAGGGAAUCAGAUGAUGGCACUGAAGAACUUGAGGUACGAAUUCUGGUGCAGGCUCGUCCAGGCCAAGAUAUCAGACCUAUUGGCCAUGAUAUAAAAAGAGGGGAAUGUGUUUUGGCCAAAGGAACCCACAUGGGUCCCUCAGAGAUUGGUCUCCUGGCAACUGUGGGUGUCACAGAGGUUGAAGUUAACAAGUUUCCAGUGGUUGCAGUCAUGUCAACAGGGAAUGAGCUGCUAAAUCCUGAAGAUGACCUCUUACCAGGAAAGAUUCGAGACAGCAAUCGUUCAACCCUCCUAGCAACAAUUCAGGAACAUGGUUACCCCACAAUCAACUUGGGAAUUGUGGGAGACAACCCAGAUGACUUACUCAAUGCCUUGAAUGAGGGUAUCAGUCGUGCUGAUGUCAUCAUCACGUCAGGGGGUGUAUCCAUGGGAGAAAAGGACUAUCUCAAGCAGGUGCUGGACAUUGAUCUUCAUGCUCAGAUCCAUUUUGGCAGAGUUUUUAUGAAACCAGGUUUGCCAACAACAUUUGCAACUUUGGAUAUUGAUGGUGUAAGAAAAAUUAUUUUUGCACUACCAGGGAAUCCUGUAUCAGCCGUGGUCACCUGCAAUCUCUUUGUUGUGCCUGCUCUGAGAAAGAUGCAGGGCAUCUUGGAUCCUCGGCCAACCAUCAUCAAAGCCAGGUUAUCAUGUGAUGUGAAACUGGACCCCCGCCCAGAAUACCAUCGGUGUAUAUUGACUUGGCAUCACCAAGAGCCACUGCCUUGGGCACAAAGUACAGGUAAUCAGAUGAGCAGCCGUCUGAUGAGCAUGCGCAGCGCCAAUGGACUACUGAUGCUACCUCCAAAGACAGAGCAGUAUGUGGAGCUUCACAAGGGCGAGGUGGUGGACGUCAUGGUCAUUGGGCGGCUAUGAUAGUCACCAGCAGGAGAAAGCUUUGAUGCAUGUCCACAUAUCAUUGACUGUAUCCUGUAAUAUGCAACGGCACAGCUAGUUUUUCUGAUUUGGAUAAAAGUUGAUCUGUAUAGUCAACAUCUUGAACUAUAUUUCAAAUGAAUUUAAAUAUCUUUUAAAGAAAACAACACCUAAGAAUAAAUCUUAACAGACAACUCUAUUCUGAUUAUAUCAAAGCAAAAUUUUUCCUUUCUUGCAAAUUGCUUUGUGUGUUCAAUGCUAGGUCUGAUAGCGAUAGCUUUUAGUAGACAGCGGUAGGUGCCUGCAGAACUUGUGUUUUUCUCAUCUUUAAAAUACAACUACUUAUGCUCUUAAAUCAAGGCUGUCUGCUUAUUUAUACUCGCGUAGGCAACACUUGGAUUUCCCUUCUUAGUAUGCUUCAUAACCGCUUUACAGAGAGCUUUUGCUUGUUCUUUAUCAUGUAUCUCGUGUUUAUGUGCACCGUGCCAAAAGAAGAGUGACUGGGUGGAGGUGCGGCCCUGCGUCCAGAACCCUCCCUGCUGAGCACCAGGGAAGCCUCUCCCCCAAGCAGCCGCGGCACAGCACUCUUGGGCAGUAACUGGAUACCUUUUAUUUGAACAAA